AUGCUUGGGGACCGACUUAUUUCACAAUCAAGCAGUACUUAUGCUUACCGCGCUGCAUUUGAAUGUCUGCUCAAUUAUGGUAAAGAAACGUUGGAAUCACAAUUUUGCACAGGAUUAUUCUAUAAGGACACCGCAGGACAUAUGGACGCCACUGACCCCGAGGGGCGAAAUGAGGGUCUUAAGCAAAGGGUUCGAUUCACCGUUGAAAGCAACACGUUUGAUCUGAUCGGACACAUUCACUCGGAUAUAUUUUUUCAAGAUAAACUGUUGUUGAACGGUGUGGAUUUAAGAAUUAAAAUGGUUCGUAGUAAAGACGAAUUUUGUUUGAUGAAGGAAGGCAACGGAAGUUUCACUCUAAAAAUGAUCAACGCAGCCCUGUUUGUCAAGAAAGUUACCGUUUCUCCACCUAUACGAAUAGGUCACGCGAGAGCUCUUGGCACAGCCACGGCUAAGUAUCCGAUCGAGAGAGUUUGUAUGAAAACCUUUAGCUUACCAGCGGGGAGUCGCCAUUGUUCUCAAGAAAACGUCUUCCUCGGACCUUUACCUAAAAGUUUAAUUUUCAGAUUAGUAGACAACGACGCCUUCAGCGGGGCGUUCAAGAAAAACCCUUUUAAUUUUAAACAUUACGAUACAGAGUUUGUGGCUCUGUACGUGGACGGAACUCAAUACCCUGCAAAACCGUUUCAACCUGAUUUUCGAUCCGGUAAUGCGAUUCGUGAAUUCUAUUCUUUAAUUCAAGCAUCGGGAAAGCAACUAAAGGAUCAACCGUUGGCUAUAAACAGAGAAGAGUAUUCGAACGGAUAUACUUUAUUUGCAUUCAACCUCAACCCCGAGGAUGAUUGUGGUCAACAUUUGUCAUUAAUAAAGUCGGGGAACAUGGGACUGGAACUCAGAUUUCACGUCCCCCUACCGAGAACAGUGAAUCUCAUCGUCUACACCAGUUUUGACAGUAUUCUUGAAAUAAACAACCGGAGAAACGUGCUCAUCGAUUACCAGUAA